AUGCCUAGUGUCCAAAAGUUGGGAGGUGGCGUGUCGACUAGGUCGGUGACAUGCCACCCCUUCAAUAAGGCUUCGGUGGACGUGAUCUUAUAUUCUUCUGACGGCGUCGCCUUUCGGAUGCACUACGCGCUCUUCAACGAGUCCUCUGGAUUCUUCAAGGCAAAUCUGCGACCCUCUGCUAGCAACGCACGCAGCAAGCAGGUCGUCCAGGUGGAAGUUCCGGAGCACAGCGCUGUCCUGAAUGUGAUCCUCUGCUUCUGCUAUCCGAUGGAGAGCCCUGUCUUGUCUACGCUUGCUCUUACUGAAGCCGCGCUCGAGGCUGCACUGAAGUAUAGCAUGCAAGACGCAACGUCCUUCCUCAAACACCAAAUGCUCCACUUCGCCUGCAAUUCACCACUUCGGGUCUUCGCUAUCGCAUGUCGCCACGGCUUAGAGGAUGUUGCUUCUGCCGCAGCGCUCGCACUAUCCAAGAAGGCGCGCGAGCCUUCAGUUGGUGACUUCGCAGAUGAGCUACAUGAUCUCACCGCUGGCCAAUACAUGCGUCUACUCCAAUUUUGUCAGAACCCAGAGACGGCCCCCGAGAGUUUCUGUCGCGUCAAGACGACUCAACCUCGAAAUGGCGAAGAUGAAUACGAGAAGGACUCAUUGGUAUCGCCAUACACUCUCAACGCCGCGGCCACCGACGCAAUCUUGUGCUCGUCAGAUCAUGUAGGCUUUUUUGUCCACAGCGCCGUUGUGGCCAUACUCUCUCCUGUACUUGACAGGAUGCUAUCUAAAGCCGGGGAUAGUGUGGUGAUGGUGGAAGGACCCUCCUUGGACUCAAUGGAACCCGAUUUUGGUGGACCACAGCUGCGGAACGACGGUUACGUCAAGCUCGUCUCGCACGCCGAGAUCAGACAGUCGGACAAUCUCAAUGCUCGUCCCGUCAAGAUCGAUAGGUUCAACUUUGCCGACUUAUACUCAGCGGCGAAGAAGUACGGCAUCGCAAGCGUCCUAGACCUGCUCGAAGCUGUCUUGAGGCAACAUGCGCUAGAGGAGCCCUUCGCAACGUAUUUUGUCGCGCGACGCUUCCACUUGCAAGACAUCGCCACGGAAGCCGCCCGUCGAACGCUCGGGCUGCCUGUCGACAACAUGUCUUGUGUCGAGAUGGACGAUGUCUCUGCAAGAGCCUAUAUUCAGUUGGUGAAGUACCACGAGGCGUGCACUACAGCAGCUGUGAACCUAACCAAGGACUACGACUGGCUAAAGUCGCAAGGGUUCGACCUGACACCCGGCCACUGUCUCGUUCCCACAUCCAAGCCACACUCGCUCAAUGUCGCAAUCGUCCCCACAUGGACGCGGAUUCUCAUGGCGAAUUUGCGACCGCUCUUGCGCAAACAUCCUUCGGGUGGCGUUGUUAUGGACGGCCGUGCGUUUACCAAGACGGUGACCGAGCUACACUGUCACUCUUUGGUCUGUGGUCCGUGCACGCAUCUGGAUGUCGCCCAUGCUGUGUUUAAAGCUUGUCAAGUUAUCGCGUGUGGUGUCGACGAUGCUGUUUCUCAGAAUUGGUCUGUCGAUAUACAGAUGCCGGAAACGGUGGAGAAAACUUCCUCAGGAGGCGAUAGUGGCCCUGCGAGCGUCACAAACCAUCCGUUCACGAAGGACUCAGCCGAUGCUGUCCUUAUCUCCUUCGACAAGAUUAAAUUUCGAGUCCACAGAGUCAUUCUGUCUGAAGCAUCCCACUUUUUCGAUGAGCUGUUCUCUCUUCCGCAGGAGUCCAAGUCAGACGAUGCCUCCACGCAGACUUCGCACGAAGAGGCUCCCGUAAUUCAUGUCAGCGAACACAGCUCCGUUCUAGACCCGCUACUCCGAUACUGCUAUCCUAUGGCCGAUCCAGUUUUGACUAGCCUGGACGUCACGAUAGCAACGUUGGAGGCAGCGCUCAAGUACGAGUUGACUGAGGCCACGGAGCUCUUGAAGGUGCAGCUUUCCACUCACGCGAAAGCUGCCCCUCACCGUGUCUACUCGAUUGCCUGUCGACACAAGAUGGAGGAUCUGGCGCUGGUGGCGGCCGAGGAAGUCCAUCGUCAAAAGAAAGCAGCGGUGUUUCAUCCUGAUAUGAAGUCCAUCACUGCUGGCCAAUAUGCCAAGUUACUUCAGUUCUGCCAAGAAGGAAGCCUGCCCACGCGCCAGACUUUCAUCUCCAGCAGCACGACCGCGCGUAUACAGAGCGAGUAUGGGAAGGGUGGGGAGGAUAGCGCCGUCUCAUUACUGCCAUCUGAGACGGAGACUGCCGAUGUCAUUAUCGCCUGUCUAGACGGCGUUGACCUCCGCGCCCACCGCGUGAUACUGGAGUUGGCUUCUCCUGUGCUCAAACGGAUGCUAUCUGACGCAUCGACAACAUCCCAGUCUACGACGGAUAACCCUGCAAACCACUCGGACAUCAUGGGCGGUACUACGACCGCAGCUAACUUGACUGAAUCCCAUCUCGCCAGCGGCGUAGCCACCAAUCCCCGAAUCAACCUGGCGCAACCCAGCCGGAUAGUCUCCUUCCUGCUGCGAUUCUGCUACCCCUCGCCUGGCCCCACGCCCAUGACGCCGCUCGAUAUUGUCGAUGUGCAUUCCGCCGCACGAAAAUAUGACAUGAAGAAGGUAUUGAAGACCUUCGAGACGAGAAUCAAAGCCUCUGAGAACUUAGAAAAAGAUCCUCUGCUCGUCUACUUCCUCGCUUGCCACUGUGGCUAUAAGUCUAUCGCAUGUAUCGCCGCCAGGCGCACGUUGGGGACGGAAGUCAAUUAUGACUACCGGCCAGAAAUGGAGCUCGUUGCUGCGCGCGCGCUCUACAACCUUAAGAUGUACCGCGCCAGGUGCAUGAACGCGGUCACGACACUGAUGCAGUCAGACGACUGGCUGUUCAACAAGAAAGAUAAAGCAGUGUCGCGCUGCGCGUAUUUCGCGAGACUGACGCGCCCGUGCUGGCUCGAGCCCCUUGUGAUGCUCAUCAUCCCCACCCUACACAAGGACCUCACGGGCGCCACAGUGAAGCACUGCUUUCCGGAGCUGUUAGAGAUUGUCUCGAGCGCCAAGACUACCUGCGACCGAUGCAAGGGCUGGGAUGUCGCGGCCGUCUUCUACCGGACCUGUGACACCCUGGCGAAUGCGGUUGAUGAAGCUAUUUCGCGCCUUGCCGCGGGAGGGGCCAUGGCAAGCCGCAGUUCGGAUAUGAUUAAUGUCAGAAUCAGUCGAUAUACGUCAAUAACGUCUAGAGUCCCUGGCCAGAAGAGCGUGAACGUUGAAGAAAGGAGAGAAUACCCAGCUUGGGAUGGUCUCGACUUCAAGCAGCCGCACGAGAUCGAAUAG